CAAGGCGGGCAGCGGGGCGGCGCCAGGAGCUCCCAAACCGCACCCGGCCGCCGCACGUGUUCCCCGCCGGGCCUCGGGCCAGGCCCAGCCCCGGGCGCAGCUCCCGCUGCAGCGGCCCCGCCCGGGACCCCCGCCCCGACCCCUCGGUGGACGGCCGCGCGCGCAGUUCCCUCCACCCGGUCCGCCCCCACUCGCGCCCCCACCUCCGCCUCCCCGGCGGACCGCUGACAAGGCCAGAGCGCCGGCACUGGGGCCUCUUUCUCGCAGGCAGCGUGCCCGGCCUCACAUCGCUCCUCUCCCUCCACUGCCCCUUCGGGGAAGGACCCCAGACCCACCAAGCCACUCAGUCCCUGGACGUGGUGCGCUUCCCCUCCUCGUAGAAACGCCCCCAGCCCGCUCCCGCCGCUCACCCCAACCCGAGGCAGCCAGGCUGCAGCUCGCUAGGUGGGGUCCUGGGGGUGCGGGUCCUCGGUCCUGAACGGUAGGCCCACCGUGCCUCCUCGCUCGGGGCCGCAGACCUGUCCUGGCCGGUCUGCGAGAGCCAUUUUGAGCGGUUACGUUCCCGGACCAAACAGGUCGGCCUGUUACAUCGCUAACGACACUCCCUGCUGUCUCGCUUGCAAGUUUCCACUCACCCAGGUCCGUUUACCCAUCUCCUCGAAUGCUAGUUUAAUCUGUGACCUGGGCAGGUGCUGUGCUAGCCAGUGGGGAAGACAGACUGCCUCUGUCUCCGGGUCCCUCCAUCCGUGUCUCCUGUGCGGCCAGCGUCAGAGCCAUGGCGACGGAGGAGAAGAAGCCCGAGACCGAGGCCGCCAGAGCACAGCCAACCCCUUCGUCAUCCGCCACUCAGAGCAAGCCUACACCUGUGAAGCCAAACUAUGCUCUAAAGUUCACCCUUGCUGGCCACACCAAAGCAGUGUCCUCCGUGAAAUUCAGCCCGAAUGGAGAGUGGCUGGCAAGUUCAUCUGCUGAUAAACUUAUUAAAAUUUGGGGCGCGUAUGAUGGGAAAUUUGAGAAAACCAUAUCUGGUCACAAGCUGGGAAUAUCCGAUGUAGCCUGGUCGUCAGAUUCUAACCUUCUUGUUUCUGCCUCAGAUGACAAAACCUUGAAGAUAUGGGACGUGAGCUCGGGAAAGUGUCUGAAAACCCUGAAGGGACACAGUAAUUAUGUCUUUUGCUGUAACUUCAAUCCCCAGUCCAACCUUAUUGUCUCAGGAUCCUUUGACGAAAGCGUGAGGAUAUGGGAUGUGAAAACAGGGAAGUGCCUCAAGACUUUGCCAGCUCACUCAGAUCCAGUCUCAGCCGUUCAUUUUAAUCGUGAUGGAUCCUUGAUAGUUUCAAGUAGCUAUGAUGGUCUCUGUCGCAUCUGGGACACCGCCUCGGGCCAGUGCCUGAAGACGCUCAUCGAUGACGACAACCCCCCUGUGUCUUUUGUGAAGUUCUCCCCGAACGGCAAAUACAUCCUGGCCGCCACGCUGGACAACACUCUGAAGCUCUGGGACUACAGCAAGGGGAAGUGCCUGAAGACGUACACUGGCCACAAGAAUGAGAAAUACUGCAUAUUUGCCAAUUUCUCUGUUACUGGUGGGAAGUGGAUUGUGUCUGGCUCAGAGGAUAACCUUGUUUACAUCUGGAACCUUCAGACGAAAGAGAUUGUACAGAAACUACAAGGCCACACAGAUGUCGUGAUCUCAACAGCUUGUCACCCAACAGAAAACAUCAUCGCCUCUGCUGCGCUAGAAAAUGACAAAACAAUUAAACUGUGGAAGAGUGACUGCUAAGUCCCUUUGCUCCUGCCCGCGAGAGACUGUCGGGAAGUUGACCCAGAUUGGCAAGAAACAGGGUGUCUUGGAGGUGGUCCCCCGGAGCUGCGCCUGGGGGUCAGGACAGGGCCUGAUUUGAGCCUCCUCUCUGAAGAUGAUUUGGCCGAGCGGAAGGUGUGGACCACCAGAAAGUUCUAAAAGUUGCUGGUGACAUUUCUUGCCAAUUCUAACACUGUCUAGGGAAGAGUUCCUAGUCUAUUGUGUUCAAACAGAGUCAACAAAAGUUUUUAAUUUUUUAUUACAGAAGGGUGAAGUUCAAUUUAACAUGCGUUGUGUUUUUUCAGUAAACGUUCUGUAUCUUUUUGAUAUUCCAUGACCCAGUGCACGCUGUGGCCUGUCACCGCCACCGUGGCCCCGCCAGCUGACCUCCCCUUUGGCCCACGCCGGCCGCCCCCAUUCUCUGCUGCGUAGAUGCCCUGGCCCAGGGCGCUGACUCCUCCAUUCCCGCCAGUAGCUGUUCCUAGUGUAUUUUCGUCUUUCUGGAAAACAGCAUUGAGUGGUUGUUUUCCGUGUAAAGAGCCGUUUGUGUCUUGGGAGUUUGUGGCCCACAUGCCGAUAGCACGGUCAUCGCACAUGACUCUCCCGUUUGUCUCAGUGUCCUUGCAACAAGCAGCACCGCAGACUGUAAUAAAAGGUGGGGUUUUGUGAAUGGUUGUGGCAAGUGCGUCCUUGUGAAGUUCGUCUCCAUGUGGCUUUCUUGGAGAAAGGCUCCCCUGGGUCAAGAGGGCGGAAGGUUUCUUUGGACAGGAGGUGCUGAGGCUGGCUGCACCUGCUCUCUGAAGACGCCUUCCUUUCUCUAGGUUCAUUGUUCAGUGUUGCUGGGGGCGGGGGGAACGGGGGUGGGGAGGUUCUUAGUUGCGAAGGAGCCAAGCUCCUGAUGGACUCGCGUUGGGAUGUGGGGGACACCUGUGGCAUAGUAAGGCUCCCUGAGUCCCUCACUCCAGGUCAGAUGCCAGUGGGACUCAUGCGCCCUAUGAGGGCUGCAGGGCCAGUGCUGCCCCUCGGACUCCUCGAGGGGUUGGGUGCUAAGCGCGAGCCUCGCCGUCCCUGCUGGAGCCCUCACCUGCCUGCCCCUCUGCCUCUGCUCCUGGCAGUGUGGCUUCCCGGUGCUCACCUGCACAGCAGUUUACAGCAGAGGCCGAGCGGGAGCCUCUGGGGAGCGAGGCUAAAACCUGAACCUGCCCAUGGAGACAGUUGUGGUGAGGGUUGCCACACACAGUGAGGGCGGAGCAGGGUGACUGAGGGCACAGGUGCCUGGGUCUGUCCCACGUGGCAGGGCUUUGGGGCUGUGAUGCUCUGGGAAGCCAGCUUGGGUCCUGGGUCUACAGAGGGCCCUGGCCCCGGAGCCCAGCCAGCUCUGCCUCUCUCAGGGCCUGGAGUCCUGGGGGAGCUCAGCCAGCUCUGCCUUUCUCAGGGCCUGGAGUCCUGGGUGAAUCCUGCAGGUUUUUGGUUGCACCGGCCCAGGGAGGAAGCAGGGGGUUUGUCAGGUGGGCUCUCCUGGGGGUCCUCGAGUGGCAGGGGUGAGGAGGGGAUUAUCUGAGGCAUCUGGAGAUGUAUGUCCUGUGGUUUCCCCUGCCCCUCUGUUUCCGAUGAGGUGUACGGAUGAGUGACCUGCCCUAAGAAGUGAGUUGCCACAGUGAAAAUGGGUUGGUUUUUGUCUUCGACGCUCAGGGUCUGGGCGCCUCGCAUUUGCAGUCUGUUGUGACAGACGCGGGGAGCUCCGCGUGCCAGCCUGUGGCUGCCCUGCUGUGGGGGUCCUGGGGCCGGCGAGGCCCCUUCAGUCUUGUUCUGGGGGGAUGGCCCACUCCAGGGAGGGGGUGUGCUGUGCUGAGCGCUGUAUCCCUGAAUAUAGUUUAUUUUUUCUACAUUUGAAUUCUGUUGUAGAUUUAUGUAAAAAUACAUUCUUUUUGAAAAUAAAAAUUUUCAUGUCUUCUAA